GGGCACUGCACCGGGGUGGCGGUCCCGCAGCUGGCUGGACCAAUUCCGGCCCGGCGCUACCCUUCCCCGCCCGCCUCCAAGCAGCCGGGGGCCGCCACAGCAGCAGCCCCCCGCUGGCGCGUGACGGGACGGGAGGCGGGCCCGGGCCAGCCCCGGCGCGCGGCCUGCAGGCUGCAGCAGGAUGCGGGCUACGCGGAAGCGGCUCUGCUCCGCGCUGCUGGCCGCCUACUUGCUCUUCUCCCUCUACGCCGCCUACAGCGUCUUCCUGCGGCCGCGGCGGUCGUCCGCCUCCCGGGGCGGCCCCCGGCCGCCGCGGCUCGGCAGAGAACGCUCAUCUUUGGGAAAUGAAGAAUGGAAUCCUUGGGAAGGAGAUGAAAAAAAUGAGCAGAUUGCUUCACAGCAGAGAUAUGAAACUAAUCUUCAAAUGUUAAAAAAUUUGAAAUCCCAACAAGAACAAACAGACCUUAAAGUGCAGAUCUGGGGUAAAGCAGCCAUUGGUCUUUACCUCUGGCAACAUAUUCUUGAAGGUCUGCUUGAACCUGCUGAUGUGACUGCUCAGUGGAGAGAAGGAAGCAUAAAGGGAGGAAAAACACAUUUCAGUUUCAUCACUGGUCCAGCCGUAGUCCCAGGAUACUUUUCAGUAGAAGCUGAUAAUGUGGUUCUAGUUCUGAAUGGAAGAGAGGAAGCAAAGAUCACUUACGCCACUCAGUGGUUGCAUUAUGCACAAACUUUAAUACAAACUCGCAAGCUGAGGCAUGUUGCCAUUGUGCUGCUUGGAAGUGAACAGUGUAACAAUGAAUGGAUUCACCCAUACCUGAAAAGACACGGAGGAUUUGUGGAACUACUUUUUGUAGUAUACGACAGUACCUGGGUAAACGAAGAAGAUAUUUUCCAGUGGCCUUUAGGAGUAGCUACAUAUAGGAAUUUCCCCAUCGUAGAGCCCAACUGGUCAAUGCUACGUUCUCCAAGAUCAUAUCUAUGUAACUUUUUAGGAACGGUGUAUAAGAAUUCAUCUAGGGAGAACCUAAUGGAAGUUUUGAAACAAGACGGGCUUGAUAAACUCUGUUGGAUUGCAGCCAGAGAACAGUGGCAGCCUCAAGAAACAAAUGAAAGUUUUAGAAUCUAUCAAGAUGCAUUGCUGCAGAGUGAUCUCACAUUGUGCCCAGUGGGCGUAAAUACAGAAUGCUAUAGAAUUUAUGAAGCUUGUUCAUAUGGCUCUGUUCCUGUUGUAGAAGAUGUAAUGACACCAGGCAAGUGUGGAAAUUCAUCUAUAUACCACAGUGCUCCACUGCAAUUACUAAAGACCAUGGGGGCUCCAUUUAUCUUUAUUAAAAACUGGGAAGAACUUCCUGCUGUUUUAGAAAAAGAGAAAAAUAUGAGCUUACAAGAAAAGAUUCAAAGGAGAAAAAAGCUUAUAGAAUGGUACCGGUACUUCAAAGCACAAAUGAGACAUAAAUUUAUUAAUAUCUUGGAAAAUUCAUUUUUACCAAAUUAUAAAGGUUAAUUGCCUCCUUUGAAAAUCAAAAAUAGAUCAAAAGUUUAAUUUUCACUGACCUUCAAGUAAGCUUUUAUAUAAAAAUAAAAAAUAAAUGAACCACUUCCAGUGCAGGUGCAAUUUCUUUGAAGUCAAUAGAGUUGCACCAGCUUACCUAGGGCUGAUUUUCACCCUUCUUUCCUAAACUACUUUCAGAGAGGAUGCAGUCUUACAGGAUAGUAGUCUGGAUGGAUGACAUCAACUUUAUUAUUAUUUUUUUGCAAUGACCAUCUCUCAUUCUUAGCAAGUCAGUACUUCUGUGUUUUAAUCUAGAUAUGGAAGCAUUUCAGCAAAUACAUCACCCAAAGAUAAAUGUUUCACAAAAAGCAUAAUAAGUGGUGGCUCCACUACACUGAUAUUUAUACCUUAAGCAUUCUUUCCUGAAAGUCUCCUGCUAUCAUUUUCCUUAUUUUAAAAUAUAAUUUUAUUAUAGUUUUCGUUAACUGAGGAAAAAGAGAACUAUGGUUAAGCAAGCCUUGAAUGACAGAACUUUUAACAAUAUCAAAAUAAAGUCUUUAAACUAUUGCAGAUAA